UUUAGCCGUUGGCUGUUGCCUCUUUAUUGACAAAGAAGGACGAUUUUGAUAUCGGCAAGCGUUUGGUAAAUUCAAUAAACCAUAAAUAAUGGUUGUUGAGAUCACGAUCCGGCAUUUGUGUUGACAAAAGAUGAUUUGUUCGAGGUGAGCUAACGCUAGCUGUCCUCGGCUAAUACGUAUCUUUGGUAACAACAUGACGAUGAUGAGGAUGGUGAUGAUGAGGAGCGGCAGCUGUGUGUAGGAGCUACCGACCAGACGUCGGAUCGUGCCGAUAUCGUGGUUGCCAAUUAUUUUCUGGGGAAAGAUUGUCUUUAUAUCUGGAGCGAUACAAAGCGGCGCCCGAGAGCAAAAAAACCAGAUCACACAGAUCAGUGUGUCUUCUUGAAGUGUUGGACAUUUGCGUCUCUGUCACUUGUCUUCAAUGGGGGAGGAAAAGCCCGACACGCUGGACUUUGUGAAAGAUUUUCAGGAGUAUCUGAGCCAACAGACUCAACAUGUGAACAUGAUAUCAGGCUCCGUCAGCGGCGUGAAGGAGGCAGACGAGCUGCCAGCAGAUUGCAGUCAGAAUGGACUGGAUCACCCCUCAGUGGACAUGUCGUUGGAGGACAGCUCAGGGAUCUUGGUGGAUGGUUUUGAGAGGACUUACGACGGCAAGCUGAAAUGCCGCUACUGCAACUACGCCACCAGAGGGACGGCGCGGCUCAUUGAACACAUCCGGAUUCACACCGGAGAGAAGCCUCACCGCUGCCACCUCUGCCCGUUCGCCUCGGCCUAUGAGCGCCACCUGGAGGCCCACAUGCGAUCGCACACCGGCGAGAAGCCGUACAAGUGUGAGCUGUGCUCCUUCCGCUGCAGCGAUCGCAGCAACCUGUCACACCAUCGGCGCAGGCGCCACAAACUCUUGCCGAUGAAAGGGGCUCGCUCGCUCUCCCACAAGAAGAUGCUGAGCGUUCUACAAAAGAAAGCCAGCUCGCUGGGCUACGGCCGCCGGCUCCUCAUCAACUUCAGCCCGCCCUCCAUGGUUGUGCACAAGGCAGACAACGUGAACGAUUUUUCCCACGAGCUGCCCCACCUGCGGCAGGAGGCCUUUGAUAAUCAGGGUCGAGCCGUGGAGGACGGGCUCUCCGCAAGUCAGAACCAUCAUCACCACGACCUGGUGAUGGAUAACCCGCUGAACCAGCUGUCCACCCUGGCGGGCCAGUUGGCCAGCCUCCCCUCAGAGUCCCAGCCUCAGACUCAGCCCCCUUUGUCUCCGGGAGCGGAGUCCAUCGUGGAUGAGAAGCCCUUCCUCAUCCAGCAGCCGCACCCUGCCACCGCCCCUGUCGCCGUCACGGCAAACCUAGCUCACGCUUCUUCCUCCUCCCCGAUCACCCCGGAGCCCCGGGCCCCUCCCCACAGCAGCUGCAGCCCCGGCAGGGGACCCUGCAGUGACCACAGCGGACGCACCAGCACCCCCAGCAUCUCCAACAGCCAGCCCAGCACGCCGGCCCCCGGCAUGUCCGCCCCGCUCCAGGACCCCCACAUGCUCCACCACUGCCAGCACUGUGACAUCUACUUCCCCGACAACAUCCUGUACACCAUCCACAUGGGCUGCCACGGCUACGAGAACCCCUUCCAGUGCAACAUCUGUGGCCACAAGUGCAAGAGCAAGUACGACUUCGCUUGCCACUUCGCCCGCGGGCAACACAAGUGACGGAUAUGUGAAGAAAACUCACAGAGAACUUCAAAUAAACAGCUUUGUUUUAUUAAUUCCAUAGUAAUUUUAUUUAUUGGCCUCCUGGCCUUCAUGUAGCCGAGUGUAGUUGUGCUUACACGGGAAAAUUCCAACUUUAAAACGCUUUAAUUUUGUAUAAUCUAAGGUGCCCAUUCCAGUGUAUUAUAAAGGAGUGAUCAGUGUUUUUGAGCAGUUGGGGAUUUACUUGUGAUGAUGAAGGUAAUCCCAUUCACACGCUGUUUUCUCCCUACUACCUGAUGAAUUCGGAUGAUGAGGAUUCAGUUUUGCAAUUUUACUGGAGAUCUGCAGCGGCUUGGCUUUGGCUUAAAAGCAAAUUUAUUCCCUGCAUUUUAAGAUGAAGGAGUAAAUUUGAUGACUUUCUAAAUGUGUGAAGCAGUUCAUUAAAUUGGAGAAAGGACGAAACAAACUGGUGUUCAGAUCUUCUGCAGAACUGCACAUCUCUGUUGAUAAUAUGAAAAGGUGCUCUCGCAUUUUGAAUUUCCUCUCAGCAGCAUCUCCAUUUAGACAAAAUGUGACGAAUUCACAAGUAAAUUCUCAACACUCCUGGAGCCACAUCUACUCACUGCUACGUCGAUACUAACUCAGGAGGGCAACUCUUGGCCUUGAGUGAUCUUUACUUGAGCCUUGUUGAAGUUCUUUCAGUGCUUGGUGCAUUAUUACUCUUUCUUUGCAGUGCCUGAUAGUCACUUUCCUGUGUGUCCAGAGUAGAAAGGACUGUUACUUUGAAGGUAAUUAUAUUAGAGACCCAGAACCUUACA